GCUAAAUAAAAUCGCAGCCGUUGAUUUGACAUCUCUUAAGUCAUUCACAGUUUUAGGGUUUAUAUAUCAAUCUCCUUUCUUUCCCAAACUCUCUAGCCGAGCCGUCCUCUUCUUCUAUUUCUACCUUUUUCUUCCAACGCAAAAGCUUCAGCAAUGGCCUUUGUGAAAGCUCAGAAGACCAAGGCUUACUUCAAGAGGUUCCAGGUCAAGUACAAGAGAAGGAGAGAGGGGAAGACUGAUUACAGGGCAAGGAUCCGGUUGAUCAACCAGGAUAAGAACAAGUACAAUACUCCCAAGUAUCGUUUUGUUGUGCGAUUUACUAACAGGGAUAUUGUUGCACAAAUAAUAUCAGCCAGCAUUGUUGGUGAUUCAGUUCUUGCUUCAGCAUAUGCCCAUGAGUUGCCUCAAUAUGGGCUUGAAGUAGGCCUUACAAACUAUGCUGCAGCUUAUUGCACUGGACUUCUCUGUGCCCGCCGUGUCUUGAAACAGCUUGAGAUGGAUGAUGAAUAUGAAGGAAAUGUUGAGGCUACUGGAGAGGAUUACUCUGUUGAACCAGGUGACAGCAGGAGGCCAUUCCGUGCCCUUCUUGAUGUUGGGCUGAUUAGAACCACUACUGGAAACCGUGUUUUUGGUGCUCUAAAGGGAGCUUUGGAUGGUGGGCUUGACAUUCCCCACAGUGACAAGAGGUUUGCUGGCUUCUCGAAGGACAGUAAGCAGCUUGAUGCUGAGGUUCACCACAAGUAUAUCUAUGGUGGUCAUGUUGCUUCAUACAUGAGGGCUUUGAUGGAAGACGAACCUGAGAAGUAUCAGUCUCACUUCAGUGAAUACAUCAAGAGAGGAAUUGAUGCUGAUGGCAUGGAGGCACUGUACAAGAAGGUCCAUGCUGCCAUUCGUGCAGAUCCUACUGCCAAGAAGUCAGACAAGCAGCCUCCCAAGGAGCACAAGAGAUACAACUUGAAGAAACUAACAUAUGAGGAAAGGAAGGCAAAAUUGAUCGAAAGAUUGCAAGCCCUCAACUCUGCCGUUGAUGAGGAUGACGAUGAGUGAAAAGGAAGAUGAUACCUGAUUUGAGCUGAAAUAUUGUGGUUGGCUUAUCUUAAGUACUACCCAUUUGCUUUGUUGCAGUUAGGACCAAAUUGUUUUCUUAAAUUAUUUUUGUUCUUAUUUUACGUUUCUGCGUAUUGGAGAUAUAAUUUGAGAUGAUAAACAAAGAUUUUGGAUAUUUUUCAGCUUGGUAUUAAACGAAAGUUUCAUUUUUGGUUUA